UUAAUGGGAUACAUUUUUGUGAAGAUCAUUAUUUCCUUGUUAUAAAAAGCUUGUCAAGCAGUCCGUUAAUUGUCGAAAAUAAGUGCGAAAAUAAUUUGGCGACAUUUAUAGACAAAUUUAUUUUGAAUAAAGAAAAACAAAGACCUAGAAAGUUGAAAGCGUACAUGAACCUCUUUAUUUGCGAUCAAUUGUGUAGCGCGAGCAUAUACCGUUUUUUGAAUAUUGUCUAUAAUUACGAAGCUUAUUUGAUGUGUGUGUCCUUAAAUACAUCCCCAAAUAACAUAAUUUUUUAAUUAUAAUUCUUAAACAGAAACAAAAAUUAAGAUAAAGUGAAAAAAGUAUCUAAAUGUUGACAGUCUUUUUAAGUAUACUAAAGGUAUAAAUAAAUAUCAACAUAACAAUUUAGCGAAGCCAUAUUUUGAUGUAUGCUGCUUUCUCUAGUGCACGCUAAAGUGUCGGUCAAAUAGCCGUUGUUCGCGGUUUAAUGUAAAUAAUUAAAAAUACAUUUUUAAUAAAUUACUGAAGCAAAUUUAUGUCCGUGGUUUAAUUUUAUUACAUAAGUUCAUUGAUACGAACUAUUUUGGAUCUCAAAUUUUGUGGAUUUAAGGGGACAGAAGAAACACAAAUUUAGGACCAAUGGAUUUUGACAAAAUUCUAGAAAAAUGCGGAGACUUUAACCGAUACCAAUUUAUGAUAUUGGCGCUAUUUGGGAUGAUUAAUGUUAUAAUAUCCAUGCACUACUUCACACAAACUAUAAUAAGUUUUGUUCCAAAUCACUGGUGCUACCAUGAAAAACUAGAAAAUAAGUCAUUCACUGAAAUUUCUGCAAUUUAUUCCAAGUUUGAGAGACCAUCAUGCACAAAACUACAUGAUAUUGAGGGUUACAAUGUAACUCCUAGCAAGGAACCGUGCACAAAGUGGAUAUACGAGUAUGAUUAUGAUUAUAGAAGUAUGAAUACCGAGUUAAACUGGGUGUGUGAUUCCGCUUAUAAGGCACGAAUCGGCCAAUCGAUGUUUUUUGUUGGAUCGGUUGUAGGUACAUUAUUUUAUGGUCUAUUAUCAGAUAAAAUUGGUCGAUUGCCUGCAUUGAUAUUAUCCAACUUGUCGGGAUUCAUUGGAGAUUUUUCAACAAUUUUCACAAGAACACUGCCAACAUUCACACUAUGCAGAUUUAUUUCCGGUUUGGCAGCUGAUACGAACUUUUACUUAAUGUAUAUAAUGGUUUUGGAAUACAUAAAACCAUCAAUGCGUACCUUGGGUCUCAAUUUAGUUGUAGGCUUAUUUUAUUGCCUCGGAUUGGUUUUCACACCGUGGCUAGCAGUUGUUGCUGGGAGCUGGCAACGUUAUUUACUAAUGACUUCAUUGCCAAUUUUAUCCGUUAGUUUAUUUUACUUUAUAAUACAAGAAAGCGCACAGUGGCUAGUAACACGGGAUGACUUAGAUGGUGCAAUAAGGCGUCUCAGAAACGUAGCAAAAUUUAAUGGAAAAAAAGUUACCGAAGAAGACUUUAAUGAAUUUAGAAAAUACUGUGAAAAACAAAAAAAGAAGGGCGAAAAGCAGUCAAAUUUAAUUGAUAUGUUUAGGACACCGAGAAUGAGAAAACAUACUUUAAUAUUAUUUUUUAAAUCAAUGGUUAUAACCCUGUGUUAUGAUGCAGUGUCAAGAAAUGUGGAAGGAAUGGGAGUGUCUCCUUUCGUGAUGUUUUCACUAAGCGCGUUAGCAGUUUUACCGUCCAGUGUGCUGUUGAUACUGCUUCAAGAUAAAAUCGGUCGCAAGGGAAUGGCAUCUUCAUCGCUAUUAGUUGGUGGCAUUUUCACAACUGCAGCUGGCAUUGCAAUUGCUUACCAAAAGCACAAUCACAACGCAACACUCUUAGCUGGAUUAACAAUUGCUGCCCGCUUUGGAGUGGCAAUAUCUUAUGAAUCCGGCUCUCAAUAUGCUACUGAGUUGAUUCCAACGUGUGUUCGAGGCCAAGGUGUUGCAGCUGUCCAUGUGGCUGGUUUUGCAGCUUCAUUUAUGGCGCCAUAUAUUUUGUACUUAGGUACUUAUUUCAAGGCAGCUCCGUCAAUAAUACUGGGAGUUUUAUUUUUUAGUGGAUCUUUCGUGUGCCUUUUACUGCCCGAAACUUUGAACAGAACUCUUCCUAAGUCGUUAGAAGAAGGUGAAGAAUUCGGCAAGGGCGAGCGCUUAUUAGACUUCCCAUGCCUUUCCAAGCGAAAUAAGGAGACAGACGAGUCUCCCGAACAGGUUGAAGCUGAUGUUACACCUGUCUAACAGUAUUUUUAUGCAUAAGGUUAAUACGUUAAAAAUAGUAUUUUUUAAGUGAGAUUAUGCAAUAUUUAUAAGGUAUACAUGCACACUUAGAAUAUAAAUACAGUAAAACCCGUUUCUCUCUCAUAAGAGCCUAUUUCGCAGAAGUAUAUUAAUAUGUAAUGUUAACCACCUAACCAAUAGGUCAGUAAGACUGUAUUUCCUUAAAAAUGUGAAUAAAAACAUUUUGAGUAGCUAUUGCAUUUCAAAUCUUCCUUGGUGUUUACUUGAACUUGAACACACGAUUCGAAAACUGGUGUGUAAAUAUAGAAAAAUGUUUUAUUUUAAUUUUUUGAAAAUUUCCGACAUCUUGUUUUUUUUUUUUCUUUUAAUUUGAAAAUUUCAAAAUUGUCAUAAUAUAAUAAGAGUGAAAUAUGUAUAUAUUUUACAAAAUAUGGAGAUAAGUGCGUAUGUCCCUUUAAGUAGGGGUUUCCGGGUUUUACUGUAGUAAAUUAGACAUUUUACAAAUGCUUAUCGAUUAAGAAGUGAAAAUUAGAAUUCCUUGUAAAGUUUGUACUGUAAAAACAUAAUAUGUAAUAAAAAUGUGGCAUACGAUUUAUAAAAAAAACA